GUUAGUAGUAGAAGACUGUCAUAAUGAUACCAAAAACUCAUAAGUCAAGAAAGUCUUCAAGAUAUUCUGGCGAGAGAGGAACCAGUCUCCAGAUUUUGCACUCCACUAUGAAAUGGCUCCACAUCGAGCAAAUAGCUGCUAAACUAUGGGAUACCUACUCAGCCCUGCUAAGCCAUCAAGCUAUGAUUCUGGCUAUGAACUCCAGCUUUGUGGAUCCCUUAAUACAGUUCGAAUCUCAACUGAGUAUAAUAGAGUCAACCUUUAAAAUGUUAUGUUCUAUACCAACCCUGGACACAGUGAAAGACAUGGGAAAGAAUGAAGAUGACAAAGAGGACCUGGAGCUUUUAUAUCGAACAAUUUUCAACUUAUUUGAGGAUACUCUUCUGAUGUUAGUGUAUAAAGACCUCUACAAACUCCAGAUUCUGAAGGAAAUGAUCACAUGGAUGAACCAAGAAUCUUCCUUCUUACAGGAAAGAGCCAUGACAAUCAUCAGCAGGGUGCUUAGCUUCGCAUCCCGGAAGGUCAAAGGAUAUACAAGCGUUGAUGCUCCGUGUUUGGGUGUCCUGGCAGCAGAACUGUCUCUUUUGUGUACCCAUUCAGAUCCCUCAAUCACACAGCAAGCAUCCUUGGGGAUGUAUCACCUCCUCUGCAUUGCCAAGUGUCAGAAUGCAGACACUGUGAAAACUGCAAAUGCAAAGAAUGAGAGGUAUAUGGAGAAUAGCCUCCCAAUACCACCUGCUGGAAUAGAAUACCUGCCCAAGAUUUUACAACAAGACAAAACUAAAAUUGCCCAGAAUAUAGGACAAGCCUUACUGCCAGGUUUGCUGACUGACUUUGUAUGGAGUCUCCUGAUAAAAAUUCCAUUGCCUAACGUAACAACUGCAUAUGAAGCAGCAAUUCUGCUGACAUUGACUCUGGAAUACUAUGCCCAAAAGAUCACCAUGGUGUCUAAGAUUAUGGAUGAGAUUUAUAAGCAGCUGCAGGAAAACUCUUCUCCCUCUAUGAAGCAGGUUUUGCUAUGGCUCAUCACCUUGUUAACUCGCACUUCACCAAAGAAGGUCAUCUUUCACCUAAUGGAUUACUCAGUUCCAGCAAACAGCACACUGAUACUCAUGUGGCAGGCAGCUGGUCUGGAAUCACAAGUGGCCCCACAGGUGCUGAAGACCAUCCUGCUGAUCCUGAAGGGGAAGCCAGGGGAGAAGCAUAAGAUCAUGGUGCAGCGAAGACGCUUAUCUGUCGACUCAGUCAACAUGAUGCCUGUGGCGGCUUCCCAGGCCCUGAGCACCUUGCUGCCACUGAAGUCUUACAAGAAAGCUGUAGCCCAGUUCUUCCCACAGCUCCUGAUGGCCCUCUUACUGCAACAGUUUUACAGUAGUGAAGUGAAACUGUUGACAAAGAACACUGUUUGCUAUGCCCAAGAGGCUCUGCGAACACUGCUCACCUGCUCCGGACUGCAGGAAGUAGACUCUGCUCUGAAGAAAAAGAACUGCUGGAGCCAGUUUUCACAAACGCUGUUUCACCACCACUCUGUCUACCUCAUUGCCAAAACUCUCAGUGAACAUAAAUUCCCACAGUUUCCAGAGACCUUACGCUAUCUCUACAAGCUGUCAGUGGAAGAUCCAAGAAGGUCAGAAGACAUGGUCAUCACAAUAAUAUUCCUCACUGAACUCCUGAAUAACUUCUUCAAGGACCCAUUCCCAGAAGAAUUUUUGUCUCUCUUCAGAAACUGGGUCAAUGACCCCAAUCCUGCAGUUUGCAAACUAAGCCUGCAGAAAAUUGCCACUAUGGCACCAGUUAUCAAUGAGACAGAAAAUGUCUGCAAUUUAUUAUUCUCCAUCAUAGAUGCCUUUUUUUCCAAAGACAAUAAUGUUGUGAUUCGAGCCUUGCUGACCCUUCGGAGACUUUUAAUCAAACUGGACAAAACAACUUACUCCUCUUUGUGUAGCCGAAUUGCAUCUAGCUACUACCCUCUGAUGGAUCAUAGCAAUGCUGGCAUUAGGAGCAUGGCCAUUCGACACUUUGGGGAACUGCUCCAGGAUAUGAGUCAUCAUACACGGGUGCUGAAUGAUCUGGUUAUUGAUAGCUUAGUGCCUCUGAUCUUAUUCUUGGAGGAUACAGAGAAAAGAGUAUUUCAAGCGUGUAUGUAUACAUUAGAAGUCUGUGCCUCUUCAUUACAUUGGUUCACAACACAUUUACUCAGUGAUGAAUAUUAUAGUUAUGAGCUGGUGGUGCUUGACAUCUGUAACAAUAUCCUUGUUUCUCACAAGCAGUACAUUACUGAAUUGUUAUCUGAUGCCUUGGGAUACCUGAGGAGCUCCAGAGCAUAUCUGAGGAGAGCCUCCAUUAUUUUAGUAGGGUACUUCACAAAACUGAGUGGCCAUUUACUGCUCAAAGAUGAAAUAGAAGUAAUAUCUGAGGCUAUUGACAGAGAGCUUCAAGAUGAAGAUCCUGUGAUUGUUGGGUUGGCAAAAAAAACUCAAGCUAUCUUACAAGACAUAACGAAUAGAAUGACCUCUUCAAAUAUAAAGCAAUGCUUCCAAAGAAUAUUUAACACCUUCUACAUCAAAAGGUUGAAGCCUCUUUAUUAUUACAACUUGACCUGUGAUCUAAAUAUUAGUUCUAUGAAGGAUAGUGAAUUCAACAGUAAGAAGGCGGAUGAAGAGGUGGAAAAUGAAGAUAUUUCAGAGUGAGGUAUACUCUCAGCAUGUUGGAGCACUACUCCCAAGAGGAAAGAAUAUCAUCUUCUUUUCAACUACUUGAGUUUAGUCAUAGAUGUGUUUCUGAAAGA